AUGGGUAACCAGAAUAGUUGCUGUUGCUAUCGCAGUCCGUCACCUAUAAGGAAAGAUAUUGUGAAGCUUGAAGAUUAUCUCCCAGAAGGGGAAGUAAGUUCAAAUAAUAUCCAGCAUAUUAGUGAAAGAGAGCCAGAUGAUGGUGAUAUAGAUCCUUCUCAAGAUCCCAUAGCUGGCACAAUUUUUAUGGAAAGAUCUAAAGCAUCAAUUGAAAAUGGCAUGACCAGAAAACGAAGUCAACAUCAAAUAGCCGAAAACAAGAUGAAAAAAAGCAGUUCCUGUUCUACAAUUUAUUUAGAUGAUAGCACAGUUUCACAACCUAACUUAAAAAAUACUGUAAAAUGUGUUGCCUUGGCUAUCUACUACCAUAUUAAAAAUAGAACUUCAGAACGUAGAUUAGAUAUAUUUGAUGAAAAAAUGCACCCUCUCAGCAAGGAUGGCGUUAGUGAUGACUAUGAUAGAUAUAAUCCAGAACAUAAGCAAAUUUAUAAAUUUGUCAGAACAUUGUUCAAUGCUGCUCAGCUCACUGCCGAGUGUGCUAUUAUUACUUUGGUCUACUUAGAGAGACUUCUAAUAUGUGCAGAGUUGGACAUUGCUCCUUCAAAUUGGAAAAGAAUAGUAUUGGGUGCAAUUCUGCUUGCUAGUAAAGUCUGGGACGAUCAAGCUGUAUGGAAUGUUGAUUAUUGCCAAAUUUUAAAAGAUAUAACCGUGGAGGAUAUGAAUGAGUUAGAAAGGCAAUUUUUAGAAAUGCUACAAUUUAACAUAAAUGUACCAUCAAGUGUGUACGCAAAGUAUUAUUUUGAUUUACGAACAUUAGCAGAAGCUAAUGAUUUAGCUUUCCCUAGUGAACCACUGAGUAAGGAAAGAGCGCAAAAGUUAGAAGCAAUGUCAAGGGUCAUGGAAGAUAAGAUUGCCGCUGAAGUUGUAAAGAAUGGUUUAAAGAAAUGGUCAAGUUUAGACAAUGUUAAUUCUGGUGCUGGUGUAAGACGCAGUGUUGCCAUACUGUCUUAA